CGUCAUUCAGUGACUCCAUACUUUGUUUUCAUGAGCCGGCAGUUAUAUAAACAUAACUCUUUAACUUGUGCGUGCCACUCAUAGUAUCGAAACUUGAUAGGAAACUAUCUCCCUCGUUUUGACAGUUGCUUCUUCGUGAGCCUUUCGCACAGUGUAAUUGAAAAUUCAUCAUAAAACAAAGUAGGAUGGAAGUACCGACGGAAAAUCUAAUGAAAGUUUUUACAUUUUGGAGUGCGGUUCUCGUGCUAAAAUUGUUAGCAAUGGUUCCGUUGACCGGUCGAUAUCGUUUUGGAAAAAGGAUAUUCGCCGCUCCCGAGGACUGUGGGACAUUGAGGAACUCCAAGGUGGUCUACGACGAUCCUGAUAUCGAACGAGUUAGACGCUGUCAUCGAAAUGACCUCGAGAAUAUCCUUCCGUGGUUCAUCGGAACAUACGUGUAUCUCGGAACGAAUCCGUCGUACUACUUGGCCAGUAUGCUCAUACGAAUAUUCGCCCUUUCGCGAAUCGCUCACACCCUUAGUUACGUCAUAUUCCAGACCCAGCCGUCAAGGGCGAUCGCAUUUUUUAUCGGAUAUGGAAUUACGGCCUACCAAGCUAUUGUUACUAUGUGGCAUUACAUGUGAAUACAGUGAAUUUGUACAAAAAUCUCAUAUUUUUUCACGAACAAAAUAAAAAUAAAUUACACAUA